UGUCAGCAGUUUAUAAGCCGCAUGAAAGGACGACGUUUCUCGAAUUGUCAUGCUUAUGAAUUUACGAUUUCUAUCGCUGCUAGGAAACGCACUAGUCGAAUUAAAAUUGUAAAUUUUGACUGUGAUCUCUCGAGUUUGACCUUGUGGUGAACGCGCGUGGUGUUUUAGCUUCGAAUAAAGCUUUAGAAGUAUCAGCUGCGGUUACCUGACGUUUAUUAGGACAGGGACGUUUAGUGGUCAGUAGAACGUGUGAAUAAAAUACCUUGUUAGAGUGUCAUCAUGGCUAAAUGGGGCGAAGGAGACCCUCGGUGGAUCGUGGAGGAGCGGCCUGAUGCCACAAACGUGAACAACUGGCACUGGACGGAAAAGAAUGCCGGUCCAUGGUCGAAGGAACGCCUAAAAGAGUUGCUGAACAAUUUAAAAAUAGCCCAAAAUGGUGUAGAUUGUAAGAUUACUGAGAUGGAGAAGAUUGAUGGAGAGGCGUCGGCGAAUAAUAGAAAAGGAAAGCUGAUAUUCUUUUACGAGUGGGACAUUAAGUUGAAGUGGGAAGGCCGCAUUUCAGGAGGCAGUGAGGUCACCAAGGGGGAAGUGCAUAUUCCCAACCUGUCAGAGGAAAACGACGUUAGCGAGGUUGAUAUGACAGUCACAAUAAAAGGCAGUGGCGAGGAAGCCCAACGAGUAAAAGCAUUUAUGCACAAUGUUGGCAAGAAAGAAAUCCGGAAACAGCUCGAAGAGUACAUUCGGAGCCUCAAAGAGGAGUUCUCAAAAGGCCUCAUCCUCCCCAAGAAAGGAGAAUCCUCUGUCAAGCCUGACAAUGUCUCAACAAUAACCAGCGGUUUUAACAAAAAAAUCAACAUGGAACCUAUAAUCGCGCCCAAGAAAGAAAUUGGUUGCAAAUUAGACACAAAAAGUCUAGAACUUUCAGAGAAAUUCCAAUGCAGAGGACAAGAGUUUUAUGAUGCUUUGACUAGAAUAGAAAUGGUGACAGCUUUCACGCAGGGCCAUGUGAAAAUGGAAGCAGAGAAGGGUGGGAAGUUUGCCCUGUUUGGUGGAAAUAUUACUGGGGAAUUCAGGGAGUUGGUGCCGGGGAAAAAGAUCACCCAGUAUUGGAGAUACAAGCAGUGGCCUGAUCAACACUUUUCAGAGGUUACCAUCAACAUUGAUGAGAAGGAUGACCACACACUCGUAACAGUAAAACAAGAUCUAGUGCCGGCGGCCGAGGUGGAGCAGACGCGCGACAACUGGAAGAGAUACUACUUCGAGAGCAUCAAGCGCGCUUUCGGCUUCGGCGCCUUCCUGUGAUCACAAGGAAGCAUAUUAGGAAAAUUAGGUCCAAUUUUAAUAAGGGAGUUCAGUUGAUGAAUGCAGAGCAUUAUCAAAACGCUUAGUUCGCGUAAAAUCGACAUUUCAAGCAUAAUAAUUAUUAUACAUACAUGUACACAAGCUAUCAUUUUAAUUGAUUUUCAAAAUGUUCAACAUAGAACUAAAUUAAAUUAGUAUAAUUAGUUAAACAGUUAAUUGGUUACCUGUAUAAUUGUGUAAUUCAUAAAGAAAAGGGUACUUGAGUGGCCUAUCGCUAAGGAGCUUUUUCUUGAAUUUCACAGGCAUUUAUCUAUUUCGUCAUCAGCCCUUAUUUUCUAACAUAUGAUGUAAUAACUGUGAUUUUUGACUUAAUUUUCUGAGAAAAUCUGUUCUACUAACCAUAAAUAAGUGACCGAAAUGAUAUCAGGAACGAAAAAAAUAUAGCCUCAUUUUA